CGAAAGUAUGCGCGCGCAGAAGCAACGCCAGACAACAGAGCUCCAAAGCUACACACAGCAACACUUCACCUCUUGCUCCUAUUCCCUUGCACAUUCUCCCCUCCUCGCCGCGGGCCCAGCAUGUUCAAACUCGCCCGGAGCACAAGGCAAUUGGCCUCGGCCGUGCCGAAGCCGCUGCGCCAGCAAGUGCGCAACCUCUCCAUCCACGAAUACCGCUCCGCCCAGCUGCUCGACUCGUAUGGAAUCGGUGUUCCCAAGGGCAGCGUGGCCCACAAUGCGAAGGAGGCCGAGGAGGUUGCAAAGACGAUUGGCGGCGAGGACAUGGUCAUCAAGGCCCAAGUGCUCGCUGGAGGCCGUGGAAAGGGUCACUUCACAAACGGCUUCAAGGGCGGUGUGCGCAUCGUCUACAGCCCGCGUGAAGCCGCUAUCCUCGCAGACCAGAUGAUCGGCCAGAAGCUUAUCACCAAGCAGACGGGCGAGAAGGGCAGAAUCUGCAACAGCGUCUACAUUGUCGAGCGCAAGUUCGCCCGCCGAGAGUUCUACCUGGCCAUUCUCAUGGAUCGUGCCACUCAAGGCCCAGUCAUCGUCGCAUCAAGCCAAGGUGGUAUGGAUAUCGAGACCGUUGCAAAGGAGAGCCCAGAUGCCAUCAUCACCACACCCAUCGACAUUCACAAGGGUGUCACAGAUGAGAUCGCGAGGGAUAUUGCGACCAAGCUCGGCUUCAGCGAACAGUGCAUUGAGGAUGCCAAGGACACCAUCCAGAAGCUUUACAAGGUCUUCCAGGAGCGGGAUGCGACACAAAUCGAGAUCAACCCUCUCUCAGAAACCUCAGACCACAAGGUCCUCUGCAUGGAUGCCAAGCUCAACUUUGACGACAACGCCGAGUUCCGACAGAAGGAGGUCUUCGACUGGCGCGAUCCGUCGCAAGAGGAUGCUGAUGAGGUCAAGGCCGGCGAGGCAGGCCUCAACUUCAUUAAGCUCGAUGGUGACAUUGGCUGCCUCGUGAAUGGUGCCGGUCUGGCCAUGGCCACCAUGGAUAUCAUCAAGCUCAACGGUGGCUCACCCGCCAACUUCCUGGACGUUGGUGGUGGUGCCACUCCUGAGGCCAUUCGCAAGGCUUUUGACCUGAUCACCUCCGAUCCUAAGGUCACUGCCAUUUUCGUCAACAUCUUCGGCGGUAUCGUGCGCUGCGACGCCAUUGCUAAGGGCUUGAUCUCCGUCGUCGAAUCCAUGAACCUCCGCACACCUGUCAUCGCUAGAUUGCAGGGUACCAACAACGAGCAAGCUGCCAAGCUCAUCAGCGAGAGCGGCUUGAAGAUUUUCAGCAUCGAUGACCUUCAAACUGCUGCGGAAAAGAGUGUGCAAUUUAGCAAAGUUGUGAAGAUUGCGCGUGACAUUGACGUGGGUGUCGAGUUCACCUUGGGUAUCUAGAUGGAUGUGGACGGGUUUCAGGAGGGGCGACAAUGGCCGGGUUCGCAGUAAAUACCCGCUUGUUUCUUGCGUCUAGGGUCUUUCAUCGCGCUGGCGUACUGUACGUUGUGUGUCAAAUAUCAUUGCAUAUCUGAGAUACCAGAUGAGAUCUUUUGAGACAAGUCUGGGAAGCAAUUUUGGACUUUGCGCAUAUGCUGCUGAUAUUUGACAGAUUUUUCUUGGUGGCUGGCCGCGUUGAGGCCUGCUAGCCACGCUCCGGAUUCGCUCACAUUACGAUGGCCAAUGGCUUACAUGAAGACCUCCGAUCGUCGC